GCGGAGGAAAACCCGCUCCCCGGGCGCGGGCAGGGCCAGCGCUCCCGCCGGCUCCCAUCCGCGGCUGCGGGAGCGCGGCCGUCCCGUUAUUUCCCCUCCCGGCUCCCCUCGGCCGCCGCCCUGGGCACCCCCCGCCCCAUCGCUGCCUCCGCCAGGCUCCGCGUCCCUCCUGCCCCACGGAAAACACACACAGUCCCCGGCACCCGCCCCGAUUACCCGGCCCAUUCAAACAAACAAACAGAAACCCGCCCCGUCGCAAAGCCAACCCGACGGGGUGAAAAAUUAGAAGGAGGAGAUCAGAGGAAGAUAAGCGAGGAGCGAGCAGCUUCCCGGAGACCUUUCACUGCGGAUCCGAGAAGGAACAUCAGACGCGUUAAAAAAGAAAAAACAAAAACAAAAACCAAAAAAACCAAACAAAACAAAAAACCCCAAACAAAACAAAACACAGCGUUCAAGCCAGCACAAGGCGAGCGAAAGAUCAAAAAGACGCAGAGAGGGAGACAGAUUAACUGGAGAAGCAGCAGAAGCAACAACAACAAAAAUCACACUUAAAAUAAUAAUAACAAUAAUAAUAAUAAAACCCAAACCACCAACAAGGGAGAUAUUGUUUAAAAAGAGCGAGCGAGGGAGCGAGCCGAAGAGCUGGUCUGACCGAGUGGAUCCGUGCAGCUUCUCCUGGGAUCGCCGGGAUCGCGCCGCUUCCCCGCUCCGCGCCGCGCAGCGUGCGGUGCCCUGCCCGCGGCGGGGGUCCCCGGACGCCGCCGCCGCAUCCGCGCCGGACUCCGGACCCUCCGCGCUGCUUUGAAAAAUAAAAGCACCUCGCUAAUAAUAAGCGGGGCGGUGGGGGGAGAAGACUCGCAACAGUGGAGCUGCCAGCCGCGCACUCCCUCCCCGCCGCCCCCGACUGCCUCCCCAGCAAUGCUCCGGGUCAACUUUGAUGGCACGCUGAGAAGCAGCGGGCGCUGAAGGGGGACAACCGAGCGGCGCGGAGCCGACCUGCUCAGAGACCUGCACCCACGGAUUGUCUUGCGGGGGCGGAGUGGGCGGGGGGGUACAAGUGGCAUUUCUCCCCCCCCCCUCCUUCCAGGCUAUAAAUUGGAUUGUAUAUAAAUCUGCUUCGUUUAUCUCCCUGACCCCCCUCAAUGACGCCGGACUAGAGAGCUCCUCUCCGCGGCCCGCCCGGACCUGCCGAAGCGAGCGAUGGACCACGAGCGACUGCGCCCGGGGAUGCCCCUCUGAAGCGACGCGGGGCACCGGGGCAGCGCGGCGCCGCCUCUCCCCUGCUCCCCGGAUCCCCUCGCACCUCCGGCUCGCUCCCCGCUCCCCCUCCCUCCUCCCCGGGCUCCGCAGCCACCCCCUCACCUGCUGCCGUCCCCCUCCCCCGUGGAGCCGGGCUCUCCGUGCACGCCAAGCCUGCUGCCCCCCCCUCCCUCCCCAACUUCGCCCUCGGUGCCUGCGCGUGCAGCCUCCCCCCUCCGCCUCCCCGGCGGCACACGCCGCUUCCCCGGGCGCCCCCUCCCUCCGCCGCGGCUCCCCCCCUGCGCGGAGCGGUUGCGGCCCCCCAGCUUGGCUGCCACCGCCCCCUCCGCGCCGCGGAGCGCUCGGAGCGGCGCUGCCUGCAGACGGGCUCCCUGCGGCGCUCCGGGGCGGCCCCCAGCUCGGCCCCCCGCUCCUCCGCCAUGGACGGGGCGGCUCGCCGGGGGGUGCUGGCCGCGCUGCUGGCCUGCGGGCUGCUCCUGCUGGGCGCCGCGGCCACCCCGACCCCGCCGGCCCCCGCCGGCGGCUCCCCGCAGGACACAUGCACCUCCUGCGGCUUCCGGCGGCCCGAGGAACCGGGCAAGGUGGACGGGGAUUUCCUGGAGGCGGUGAAGAGGCACAUCCUGAGCCGGUUGCAGAUGCGGGACCGGCCCAACAUCACGCACGCCGUGCCCAAGGCGGCCAUGGUCACGGCGCUGCGCAAGCUGCACGCCGGCAAGGUGCGGGAGGACGGCCGCGUGGAGAUCCCCAGCCUGGACGGGCAGGCGAGCGCCGGGCCCCCGGCCCACGACCCGGUCUCCGAGAUCAUCAGCUUCGCCGAGACAGGUGGGCGCCGCCCGGCCGCGCGCCCCCGCCGCCCGCGUCCCCCUGCCCGACCCGCCGCGGCCCCUGCCCUGCCGCGCUCCCCGCCUGUCCUGCAUCGCCCCGUCUGUCAUUCCCCCUGCUCGACCCCUGUCAGUCCCCCUGCUUGA